GCUUAUCUGAGAUCUGUUUCCUCACCCAAGACCAAACCUUUUGCCACUGCAGGGAAACAGCAGGUACUGGUUUUAGAUCAGAGACAAAGUACAACCUAUACAGCACCAUUUAUGACCCCAGCAGCCACCAACACCUCACCUCCUCUCAAGAUCUCCCAUUUUCCAGCCACAAAGCAACAGGAAUAAAGGUCUGCUUGACAAACUGAUAAACUUCAGACACUGAAGUUACACUGAAACCAUGCCGUCUUCGGAGAAACUAGCGCAUUUCUUGUCAAGUGCUGGUUUAUGUGCAGCUGGAGUGGCUUUAUUGGCUUUCGGGAUGUCGACAGAUUGGGCCGAUGCCGUCUUGGACUGCGGUCCGCCCGGAACUACAGAGUUCAAUGGAACCUCCACUCUCGAAACUGGCCUUUUCAAUGGCACAGAAACCAAAAUCAGAUGUCCCAGGAUUGACUCAGCUGGAAAACAAGUGAUCGUGUUCGCCCGUCUGGCGAAAGUAGCAGGUGCUCCGAUCAUCCUGCACGCUCUGGUUGUCAUCCUGUUGGCUCUGGCUCUUUUCGGGUCUGCAGGCAGUAUUCUGGUCACACUGUACAACAGCUUCAGUAACCCAUAUCAGACAUACAUGGGACCGAUAGGACUGUACACAUGCAGUGGACUCAGCGUAAGCGUGGCCACCCUGGCACUGAUUCUAUACGUGUCGAACAUCUUCCUGGGCGAGAUGUUCCAGACACUGGUGAAAGCAGAUGAAAUCAACGUGCAGUUGAAGAAUCCAAAAAUUACGCUAAAGGCAGGGUUCUUCCUCCUGAUACCGUACAUCGGCCUCAACUCGCUGGCCAUCCUCGUGGUCUAUCUGUACGUCCACGCUGCGUACACUCGCCGCAAAGAGCAGGAGAAACCAACUGAGGAUGCACCCAAAGAGAUCAUGAUGUACUAAAGAGAAAACACAGCAAAAAAUCUGUUUAACAGGCGAUGAUUUUCAGACUGGAGCUGAACUGAGUCCAUUAGUUAGAAACUGCCACAUUAACUAUGAAGUGCAUUGAAAAAACUAAACUUAGCUGAAUUAUGUUUGCCGCAAAAUUGUAUUGACUCAUAGGCUAUUCAUACAAAGGCUUAAAGGGUAUUUUAAUCUUAAAAAAGUCAUUGCAUUAGAUAAGAGUGUCUCAGAUGUUUUGCUUGUGCUGUUUCUUUAAAAUGAAUGCCAUUUGUUUUGAUAUUUUAUCUAAUGCAUGUUUCAAGUGUUCAAAUAUAUUUAUGGGCCACUAAAAAUAUUUUAUUGCACUUAUGUUUAAGAACAACAACAUCAAAAUGCUUUUAAAAACAUUUCAUAAAUGUCUUUUAUUUUUUUCUAGCUUUCCUUCUAAGAACCUAAAAAUCAUGUGGA